AUGGGAGACGAACUUGCUACGAUGAAGACAAAGGUAGGAGAGCGAUCUUAUAUCAAGUGUCCGAUGUUAAACUCGACGAACUACACUGUAUGGGCCAUUAGAAUGAAGAACAUGCUUAAAUUUCAUAUGGUGUGGAGUAUUAUAGUGACGGCAACGGAAGAGGAUGACAAAAAAGACAUGGCUAUUUCUCUGUUGUUUCAAGCAAUACCCGAGGCCUUAGUACUACAAGUCGGAGAGUUAGAUACAUCAAAAAAAGUUUGGGAUGCUAUCAAAGUAAAAGAAGCUAGACUGCAAACCUUAAUGGCAGAAUUUGAUAGAUUGAAGAUGAAGGACACCGAGAAAAUCGAUGACUUCGCCGCAUCCCUUGAGCAAGUCCUUGAUCUUAAGAACACGAGUUUUGAAGAUAUUGUGGGACGUUUAAAGGCUUAUGAAGAACGGGUUCAAGAAGAAGAAGAUAAUAAUCAAGAGGACCGAAGCAAGCUUAUGUACUCUAAUACAGAACAGCAAUCCGCUCGCAAUUACCAUGAUUACUAUAAAGGAUAUCGAGGAAGAGGAGGACGUUACUACAAGGGCAGAGGUCGAGGCUACUAUAAUGGAGGAACAGAUACGUCGAGAGUAACAUGUUUUCGAUGCGAUAAGAUGGGUUAUUACGCCUCUACCUGUCCAGACCGACUCCUCAAGCUACAAGAGACACAAGAGCAAGAUAAAGCUGACACUCAAGAAGCAGACGUGCUUAUGAUGCCUGAAGAGGUCUAUCUUAAUGAAGGAAAAGUGAUGCCGAGGAAGUACGAGUCUAAUGGAGAAGAUAAUAUGUGGUAUCUUGAUAAUGGAGCCACUAAUCACAUGACUGGAAAUCGACGGUACUUUGCAAAAUUCGACAAGUCUAUUACAGGAAAAAUCAAGUUUGGUGAUGACUCGCGUAUCAACAUCAAAGGGAAAGGGUCUAUCGAGCUUAUUGACCAGAAUGGAGAGAUAAGAACUAUGGCCGAUGUCUAUUUCACUCCAGACUUGAAGAGCAGCAUAAUCAGUCUCGGACAAGUAACGGAAUCAGGAUGUGAUGUGAGAUUGAAAGAUGAAUAUCUAACCAUGCAUGAUUGUGACAGCAAACUAUUGGUCAGAGCUAUAAGAUCGAAGAAACGGUUAUACAAAGUUUGUAUGGGAGUAUAUAAACCUAUAUGUCUAUCUUUGGCGAUGGAGAGUGACUCAAGUAGAGAGAACACAAGGUUUAGAUACAUAAAUCUCGAGACGAAUAAAUCAAUGGUACAGCGGGAGCUCGUUGACACAGAAACAGAGAAGAGCAGAGUCUAUGGCGUUCCAGCCGGUUUAUGCACGAGCUUAGGCAUAUGUGGGCAUAUAAAAGUGGUGCGCACAGUUCAAUGA